AUGAACUGGAUGACGAGUGGAAGACACCGUGCAUUGUAUUCGCAGCGCGGACGACGUCGUCAGAUGCACUUUCCAUCUCAAGUUCAGUGCCAGCGCGUAAAGGCUACGAGCCCGCCUCGAAGCUCCCACUCAGCAAGAGCACAUGACUCGGCAACGCCGUGGUACAUUGUUCCAGUCGGAGACGACAACGAGUCUCAAGAUAUUCGUGUGCUGGAGCUGGAGCGGAAGGGAGCGAUGAGUAACAUGGACGGGAUGGCCCAAGGCAAAGCUAGGGAGGGGGUGGAGCUUGUCACUACUGAAUGUAUUAUUGAUGGUGGAGCACGAUUGAGCCCGAGCUAUGGACAAAAGAGACAAGUUAUUCCAGGCGAAAGAAAUGAAAACAGGUGUAUUUUUACUCCUGUGAAAAAGGCUAGAAAGUAUGAGCAGCCGCUGGAUUCUGUUCAACAACUGCGAGGUGCUCGUGGAGAACGACCUACAUCAUCAAUUGCCUCUGAUGUCGACACACACUUUUUUAAUGACAAUAAAGAGCUGCCACAUAAGACGAGAGCUCAAUAUACAUCAAGAUCAUAUUCUGACCCAGCUCCGUCAGAAAUACGCAAAAGAUCGUUUUCGCAGCAGUUCAAUGGAAAUAGAAGUUGUGACCGCCUCGGAGGCGUGCAACAGCUGCAGCUUCAACAAAGUGUUUAUGACAAAAACUUUGACAAAGGAGUCUUCGCCAGUGGAGAAUGUAAUGACGAGCAGCAGUUAAGUCACGGCAUACAUGACCAGCAAACAUUUUCUGACGCGAGUGAGACAAAUCAGCGAGACUUUCAACGAUGGAAGGUUAAUUCCGGUUCGUAUGCCGGCUUUAAUCCAGACGUGCCAUUUGAUCAUCCAGAAAAUGCCUCAUUCCGGAACAUCAACGACCCCAGUCGUAAAAAGGUGCAUGGCACACCACCAUCAAGUCCAGCCGACGCCUCACCGUUAUCGUUUAGAAUGAGCCGAGCAGAAGUGCUGCAGUCUCAACUCUCUAGCAAUGUUCAUGAUGCGAAUCGCCAUCCGGUCGAACAUCGGAUGAGCUACACACCGAUUCAGUCGCCAUCUCCAUCAACAUCGACAUCAUCGCAGUGCAGCAUUGUGCUUGGCCGCCCUCCACUUGGAUGGCAAAAGAAGUUGAUGCUGUCACUGGGAGAUGAUACCAUCGACCAACCUGAGACUCGUUUCGGUAGUUUUGCUCCAUCUUCUGAGGAGACAAGCCCCUUAUCUUCUACAAAUGAUGUUACUGCCAACCGGAAGAAUCACGGCCCGCAUAGAUUUGCGUUAGAAUCAUCGCCUUCACCAACAAGAAGCGACAGCGAAAACUCGCUCUUGAACGCAGUAGUCCCGGCCAAUGCGAAAGAGCACAUAAUGGCGGCUGCAACUUCGCAACAACUUCCCACAGAUUCAAGAAUGUGGUUCCAGCGACCAACUGCCAUGACCAAGCUCGGCGAAACGAAUGGCGCAGACGCAGCUUUUAGCGGGAAAAGCACGGCAUUACAGCAGUCAUGGGUUAUGUCAUCACGGACGAAGACCAUCCUGGACACGGUGUCCUCGUCGAAGGAUCCAUCUGCGGAAAACGCAGCUGAGAAGCCUAAGACCAAGUAUCAGGAAAUGGAAAGCGUCGCAGUCUAUAUGUACACUCUGGUGCAGUGCUACAAGAUCGACGAAAGCCUUCGUGAUGACAGACACAAUUCGCCAAUAGCUGCGCAAACUCAACUGGUACGCGAAGCUUCUUCACCGCCCGCUGCCACUGCAUUGGCAAACCAAACUGCCUGUCGACGAGAAAUCAUCUUCUCACCAAAGCAUGCGAGUUAG